AUGAUGCUCACCGGUUUGGCAUUUCUAAUGGCGGCGUCUCUACACGAGUUCUGGAUGAGGCUGUCGGUGACUCGCCAAAAGACACAGCGGACUCAGCAUUCUAACAGCGACUCUCCGCUUGAUCUGGACCAUCAUCCUGUUGUAGACCAGAUUAAAUCACUAGGGACUACUCAUGAGACGGCGGUGCGACUACAGACCCUCAUACAGACCGACGGGGCUGGGAGCUGGCCUCCACGAGCAGUUCACCACGCGGAAUGGCCCGAGGCACUCCAUCCGUAUCAUGAAGUCUACCGCGCAAUGUCUCUACAACUCGCGAGCAACGUACACCUCACCGACGACCGAAUGAAUCUGUCCCGCUGCAGGGCCUUUCGCAGUCAAAUGACGGCUCUGCUACAAGCACACAUUAACCUGGACGCGGUGGAGAAUGCUCUCUGCGACCGGGCACAGGGCGAUGGAUUCUCGCGGGAAGCGUGUAACGGAUUCUUUGCAUGCGUUGCCUACUGCCGUCAUGCAUUCCGGUGA